CUUCUAAUUUCCUCAAAUUUUAUCCACCAGGCAGACCUUUGCUGUAAAAAAAGGAAAGAAAACAAACAAGAUGAGUCUGAGUGCUGCUGACAAGAAGGCUGUGAGUGAUUCCUGGGCUAAGAUGUCCAAACCGUCCUUCCAGGAUGCCGGAGAGAGAGUCUUUCUCAAGCUCCUGAAGAAAGACUCUACUAAGGCGAUGUUCAAGAAGUUCAAAGACAUCCCGCGCGAGCGUCUCGCCGGCAAUGCCGCCCUCCGUGAGCACGGUGGGAAGGUGGUGCAGGCGUUGGACGACUUCAUCAAAGGUUUGGACGGAAGUGGACAUGAGACCGUGAGGAACGUCGGGCGCAUUCACAAGGCGGCGGGCAUGACUAACGACAACAUCAAUCUGAUGAAGCCGAUCCUGUUGGAGUUGUUGGAUGAAGUAGGUUGUGGCGAUGCCAAGGCCGCCUGGGACAAGCUGUGGAACCUGUUCAUGACCGUACACGGCGAUGGCUGCUAAACGCCCCCUUGCGUGGCCUUGAAGAAAUACAACAGGUCAACAAAGUUGUUACCUUCGACAAGUAACACAUAGUUUGAAAGGAAGAUUUGAUGUAUUUAUAGGCAAAGAGACAAACACAAUGAACCUAACGUCUUUUUAUAGAGUUGAAAUUGGAUGCAGCCUUUGCGAGCUUUUGGUGAUUUCCCCAUUUUACCAAAAAAGACAGAAAUUUUGUAGUUUGACGGUGUGCUAUUUAUCUUAGUGCGGCCGUGAGUGGUACUGCAGAUUAGGCUCUCGAUCUGCUUGGUUAUGUAGUCCUGACUUGUGCCUGAAUUAUCAUCCUUUCAUAACGACGCAAGUCAGAACAGCUAGCAUUUUCGUACGACACACUAAAUAAAUAUCAGACAGUAAAACUUGCUGGUCAGAAGUUUGCAUUGUUUAUUUCUUUCUGAUUUCUUCAUUAUGUAACACCUGCCAGUUAGCCCACUACUAGUAAGUACUGUACUGUACAGAGCUUCAAGCAACGAAUCCAGAGCAAUAUCAUAUCACACACAGGCCAACAUUUCUUGCACUUCCUUUUCCAUAUGCAUUUACAGAAAUGACUGAGACACUUUGUAAGACUGAAAUUCUCACCUGGUCAUAGUUUUUCUAUCAUGGCAAGAAAAUCUUUUCACUUUAUAUGUUUGCAUUGUCUCUGUGCGAAACUAAAAAAAAGCUAAUCAGCACAUAAAAUGUCCACCUAACAAUGUACAUCUCACAUUACAAUAAAUACUCUGAUCUCUACUGUCUAAGGUAGAGUUUAUACAGUGGUAGAAAUACAUCUUGGAAAUAAAUAUGGCAGAGAUAUACAUUGAAGCUUGCAAAACUCUAAAUGCAACAUAAUAUCAAGUACACUUCUGCCUGACAUUGAUGUUGUUGCACAUUUCUGUUGCUUACAUGUUAGCUUAGUGUGACCUUCUACAAUUGAAAACAAUACUGACAAGUACUGUCUUAUUCAUGUUAAUCAUGUUACGUGAUAUGAGCUAAUAUCAUCCAAUAUUUAUGAUAUCUGCUUAAGACUUCCAAAAUUAAGAAUAAAGAGUACCAUCUCUUUUGAGAUGUUCCAAAGAUUUGUAGGUCAUCCACCUAAUAUUUCCAUCCAUGGACAGGAUACGGGCAUUUUCCUAUAACGUUACAUUCAGUGAAAGAAAAGCAAUCAUUUGGUCUCAGGAACAUUAUUCUAAACAUCAGCGUCACGUCCUGACUAUUUGAGAAAAACAACUCAAACAAAAUACACAUGAUGCCCAGCACCAAGGCAAGUUGGGAACUCGCUUUCUUGAAAAUCACAGUAAAUUGACUGUACAUUAAGUCUAAUAUCUUAGGAAAUAUAAUCAGGCAUAACAUAAUAGAACCUAAUGACAAAGUUUCACACAAAGUCUGUAUGUUACAAAAUAUACAUAGUCAUGUAAUCAUAACUAUAUAACCUAAUCAUCCUAAUGUACAUAGAACUAAAUACAUAUUUAUAGUUUUGUAAAUACAAAAAA